AUGGAAGACUUGGGAUCCAAAGCGUAUGGAGAUGUGAAAAUGCAGCAGAUAGAGAGCUAUAAGGGACCCAAUUCGUCAUAUGGGAAUGGCAUCCACAGCAAGCAAGAUCUCAGUUGUUACAGUGCUUCCCACGCUUCAACAGUGCGACAAGGGCAGACCCAGGUGCAGAAUACCGAUGCCAAGUUCAGAAAAGGAAAGUCCGGGUGUUGUUCGAAAAGCUGGAGUUUAAAUGAUCCGGAGUUGCAGAGGAAGAAGAGGGUAGCAAGCUAUAAGGUUUACGAUGUUGAGGGAAGAGUAAAAGGGUCUUUGAAGAAGAGUUUUAGGUGGCUCAAGGAUAGGUACACCAGGAUUGUUUAUGGGUCUUCCUUUGAAUAG